AUGUCGCGUGAAGCCAAGGCGCCGAAGGUAACGUUCAAGGAUAUGCAUGAUGAGGAGGGCGAGGACCACUCGACAUCGGGGCAGUACGGUUUGAAGGCGAACUAUGAAGCCGAUGGAGGGAACAACGACAAAGAGAACGAUGGAGACAGGGAAUAUGAAGACGAUGAGGAAGAGGAGGAUGAGGAAGAGGAGGAUGGCGACGAUAGCCGUCAGGACACAAGCGGAAACGAUGAGAACGGGGACGGGAACGAGCGCGGCGCAGAGAGUGGUAGGAGACACAUGGGCCAGCGGGCCGACGACGGGGUCGUUAUACCCAACCGGCCGCAGGGCGAAGUGCGCAUGACGCUGAUCGACCCAAAGAAUAUGCCGCGCACUCCCACACGGGGCCGGCCACCAAAGCGGAAGUUUGGGCGCAGCGCCUCUCCCGACCUGUCGAAGGCGGGCCCGGGCUUUACAACAAGCAUUCCUGGCAACAGUAAGCGGCCGCGCCUGCCAUAUCCCGUGGAUGAGCGCGGCAACCCCCUACCGGUUAUCAACGACGAGUAUACGUUGCCGGAUGAUCCCGAGGGCGAACGGAAGAUUACAAGAGACGGCGACCUGCUUGGUGGCAGACAGUUUCUUGUGCGCACAUUCACGCUGACCGGCAGAGGGCAGACAAAAUACAUGCUCUCGACAGAGCCCGCGCGUGCCGUUGGGUUCCGUGACUCGUAUCUGUUUUUCCAGUACCAUCCAAACCUGUACAAGCUUGUGAUCUCACAGGACGAGCGCAACGACUUGAUCGACCGGGGCGUGAUACCGUACUCCUACCGCAGCCGUGCCAUAGCGCUCGUAACGGCACGGAGCGUCUACAAAGAGUUCGGAGCCCACAUUAUCGUCGACGGGAAGAAUAUCACCGACGACUACUACGCUACAAAGCUGCGUGCAGAGGGCAAACUGGUGGAGGGCACAUACGCUCGCGAGCCAAUCUCCAAGAACGGCACUCGCAGCGACGGCUGGGACUACCCCCAGUCGAACAUCAACCCUGCGCGAAACGCAGUGGAGUUCUUCGAUAAAAAGAAUCACAAUAUCGCUCCGGGCAGCAACAUAAGCGCUACCAACUGGCUUUACCAGCACGCCGCGGCUUGCAGCCGCUUCAACAGCGAUCUGUUCUACGACCGCGAACGUGUGUUGUUGAUCGAGAACCUCGGUCUGCGCGACCCCUACACCAACACCCUACAUCUCCCCCAGUCAACGCAGUCCUCCAAGGUCCUGGCUUUCCGCAAGCUGCGGCCAGAGACCGACCAGAUCAUCUAUUCCACGCAUAUACACGACAGCGACGUUGCACGAAGGAAAACUGGCCUUGCCGACGUCCCACCCGAACUCUUCGAAGACAUUGUAAGCGACGAAGUUAAAGAAGCUAUACUAAAGCAACAGGAAUUUGAACGGACAAAUUGA